AUGUUGGUCAGACUAAGCCUCCUCGGGCUCUUAGCAUUCGCUCCAGGAGGCCGCCCUGGGGUGCUCGCGGUGCAGGAUCCGACGCGUACAGACUGGGCUCAGUCUAACGCUACCGGGAUCCGCAUACAAAACGGAUUCGAAAGAGUGUAUCUACAGCCCUUUGGGACGAACGGUAUACGUGUGCGAGCAAGCUUGAUGCGCGACCCUACCGGCACAGAGCUCUCAGCCCUACUCGACCCGCCCCUCGAAGGUCCAGGAGGUAACCAAGGCCUAUCCUACUCCGAAACAAUCGGCUACCUCGGAAACGGCACCCUGCAGAACGGUAAUCUAAUAGCCACAGUAUUGAAUGGCGUGCUCUCCUUUUACCGAGCCGAAUCGAACGGUUCCCUCAGCCUCCUCACAUCGGAAUAUACAGACGACAAGGCGCUGCCUCCGAGGUACUACCGCCAGGACUUCAGAUCGCCCAGCUUUGCGGCGGAGUACUCCUUCACGUCGUCUCCGGACGAUCAGAUCUAUGGAACGGGACAGCAGGCGUGCUGCAUGGACAAUACUGUGAAUAAGAAGGGCCAAGUGGUCGAUCUAAUCAACUUCAAUUCCCAAGUGCCGAUACCUAUGUUCAUGUCCAGCAAGGGCUUUCUUCAGUUCUUCAACAUGCCCAGCCAGGGUCGUCUGGAGUUUGGCGCUUACAGGACAAGGUUUGUCACGAGUGAGGCAACGGUCGUGGACUACUGGAUUACCACAGCAUCUCCGGGCGACUAUGACACCCUCCAGGAACAAUACACUGCCGUUACUGGAAGGCAGCCAAUACCGCCAGAGUGGAGUCUCGGGUACCAGCAGUCGAAGCUUAGGUACUACAACGAAACGCAGGUCAUCGACCUGGCUCAGCGAUUCCAUGACGAACAAGUUAAUGUAUCCCUCAUCGUUGUAGACUUCUUCAACUGGAAAUAUCAAGGCGACUGGUCGUUCGAUCCCGAGUACUGGCCUGACCCUGCUGGCAUGGCUGCGCAGGUCAAGGCUCUGACAGGCGCGGAGAUGAUGGUCUCGUUAUGGCCUAGCGUGGAAGAUCUCUCAGUGAACUAUCUUACGCUGCAAGAAAACGGUUUGCUUGCAACGACUCGCGACGGACCUGGAAUCCAGGACUCGUUUGCCGGAGUUUACACCCGGCUGGUCGAUAGCACGAACCCGGCUGCGCGAGAAUUCCUAUGGAGGCGUCUGAAUGACAGUUACUUCUCUAAGGGUAUUCACAAUUUCUGGAUUGAUCAGGCAGAUGGCGGAACUCUCGGGGAGCCAUUCGAGAACAAUGGCGGUGUCAUCAACUCUCUGCCUUUCGCCCGGGCGUUCACUCAGUAUUUCGUUGGUACUCAAGAAGGCGCGGGGAAGGCGUAUCCGUGGUUACACCAGCAGGCUAUCGAAGAAGGGUUCCGCAACCUCACCGAUCCGGACCCUACGUCCAACGGAUGCCAGUAUAUGUCCCUUACCCGCAGCACGUUCGCGGGGGGGCAGAGAUUCUGCUCGUAUUUGUGGAGCGGUGACACUUCAUCCAGAUUUGAUGUCCUCCUCCAGCAGGUCACUGCUGGCGUGAGCGUCGCAGCAUCCGGAAUAUCUUCCUGGACCUUGGAUAUUGGUGGUUUUACGGGGCUGGAUGUGGACACGGCAUACGGACAGCAGCUUUUCGUUAGGUGGCUUGCUAUGGGUACCUUCCUGCCAUACAUGCGCGUUCAUGGCGAUCGUUUGUGCAACAUUCCUGCUAAUCCCACUCCAUAUCUGGCAAAAAACUGCCCUAAUGAACCAUGGUCCUAUGGCGAUGAGAACUUCCAAAUUAUCAAGAAGUACAUCGCCCUGCGGUAUCAGCUCGUCCCGUACAUGAGAAGGCUUUUCCAGAUGUUACACGCGACUGGGAAGACUAUCAUGAGGCCCUUGUACUAUGACUUCUCGCUAUCAGAUGACACAGUCGUCAACGGAACCGCGGUCAAUAACCCGCUCGUCGUACACCAGUUCAUGCUCGGCCCAAGACUCCUUAUAUCGCCCGUGGGAGCUGAGAACGCUACCGCCAAGGACGUAUAUCUACCUCGCCUGCCAGAGUCUUGGAUGGCGCAGAAUUUAUCAUGGACCCACUGGUGGAAUGAUACGGACUACGGUCAAGGGGGUGAGACGGUCAACGUGUAUGCACCUCUUGACCAAAUUCCGGUAUUUUACUUGGGUCCCAAAGCGGACAUUCUGUCCGGAAACAUCUAG